CCAUUACAUGGGAGCAUUAGGGAGCUUUUAGAGUCAGACAAGUGAAAAGCUAUUGCAGUCUUAAGUUGUUGCGUGUGAGCUUAGUCAUGACCCUGCUACACAGACUAGUCAUGAAAGGUUAUAGGAAGGAGGCUCCUACCCAGAGAUCCCAGCUUGCAGUAUGGCCAGGUUUUGGUUAAUUUGUGUCUAAAAUUCACACAGCACCCUGGAUACUGUAACCAGAAUGGCUAAAGGAUUUUAUGUGUGGAAAAUACUGGGCCAAAUUCAUUCCUGGUGUCACCCCAUUAAAGAGUUCAACCAGGGACAAAUUUGGCCCACUGUAGUAAAGGGGGAAAAAUAACUUCUUCCUAUGCGAGGGUUGAUAUCAAUGUAUGAGGUGUUUGGGGCCACACUGCAGCCUACCUUAUGCAUUCAGGGGUGUAGCCAGCUGUCUGAAAUGUGUGCUGGGUCUACUGCUCCCUUCCUGGGAUUACACCCGUAAUCCCACAAGACAGACCUGAUGUUGUACAACAGGAUCAUCGCUAACCCUCCAGGUUACCUACAAAGAGAAGAACGUGUAUGGUGCAGAGCUGUGGUGUAACAAUUGGAUCCCUUACCUUGAAGAACUUUAUGGAAUAGUUUCAUGCAGCGAUUAAAUCCAUUCCAGGCAAAGCCCUCGUUGAACUAGUUCCUUGGACUUCUGUGGUUCUACCUAAGAGUGGGAUGGCAGCAGUAAGCAGGACUCUGGGUUUGCUGCGUCAGGAUGCCAUGCACAGGUUACUCCCCAUUGCUUGCCAUCUGCAUACAUCCCUCAGCCAACAUAACUCCAACAGGACGUCCAUCGCCCGCAUUCAGAGGCAGACGUACGGCAGGACCUACCCAGUGCUCUUGGUCAGGCCUGAUGGAUCUGCUAUUCAUAUUCGCUAUAAGGAGCCAAGGCGGAUCCUUACAAUGCCUGUAGACAUCAACACUCUUUCCGAGGCUGAAAGAAGAGCGAGGUUACGGAAACGCGAUCCCAGAAGGCUUAAGAGCAAACAGGAGAAAGUGUUGGAUGAUGAGUUUAAUUUGGAUGAUUACAGAAAAUUUUGGAAGAAGAAAUGACUUUGUUCUGAGGAUCUGUGGAAGUGUAAAGGGAAGAUUUGGCAACCCGGGCCUGCGGAGAAGGAGACUAUAACUUACUGUUAUAAAGAGAAAGUUCAUAGCUGAGUACAGAUUCUUUCUCUUCUGUG